GGCGUUGUUUGCCGAACUCCGGAGGGAUGCGGAUGCGACAAUGAGAGCAACACGCGGCCUCUCGGAAACAGCCGCGGCUCCCACACGCCUGUUCUCCCCCGACCGCGCCCAAGCAGCGCUGGUGUCCGACGUGUCUGUGGAGCCUCAAGUUUUGUUCGCAGUGUAUUCACCUGUAGCGUAGCUGUGGGCGCCACGGCGAGGGCUUUCUAGGGCGACCGUGUGCGGCUUAAGAUGGCCAGUCAGAGCCAGUUGACUUGGGGAUGGAGUCAGCGGCGUUGUCUGCGCCCUAGGAGUGAGAGAACUCCGGAGGGCACUCCUUUUUGUGCUGAACAUGACAGACCACGUGCUUGGGGCUGCGACCUGGUUUUCUUCGGAGUGUCCAGCUCCAGAUUAUUGCCCAGAAGAAAAGAUGUUUGGUUUUCACAAGCCAAAGAUGUACCGAAGUAUAGAGGGCUGCUGUAUUUGCAGAGCUAAGUCCUCCAGUUCGCGAUUCACUGACAGUAAACGUUAUGAAAAGGACUUCCAGAGCUGUUUUGGGUUGCAUGAAACUCGUUCUGGAGACAUCUGUAAUGCCUGUGUCCUGCUUGUGAAAAGAUGGAAGAAAUUGCCAGCAGGAUCAAAAAAAAACUGGAAUCAUGUGGUAGAUGCUAGGGCAGGACCCAGUCUAAAGACUACACUGAAACCAAAGAAAGUGAAAACUCUGUCUGGAAACAGGAUAAAAAGUAACCAGAUCAGCAAACUGCAGAAAGAAUUGAAACGUCACAAUUCUGAUGCUCACAGUACCACCUCAAGUGCCUCCCCAGCUCAAUCUCCUUGUUAUAGUAACCAGUCAGAUGAUGGCUCAGAUACAGAGAUGGCUUCUGGCUCUAACAGAACGCCAGUUUUUUCCUUUUUAGAUCUUACAUAUUGGAAAAGACAGAAAAUAUGUUGUGGAAUUAUCUAUAAAGGCCGUUUUGGGGAAGUCCUCAUUGACACACAUCUAUUCAAGCCUUGCUGCAGCAAUAAGAAAGCCGCUGCUGAGAAGCCAGAGGAGCAGGGGCCAGAGCCUCUGCCCAUGUCCACUCAGGAGUGGUGACUGAGGUUUAUGUAGAAGGGGAACAAAAAGCGAUUUAAAUUUUAGGGGGGGAAAAAAAGGCAACAAAAUGACCCUCCUCUUGUUAACGUGGAUCCUUGCUAUUCUGCCAAAAGACAAUUUCUAGAAUAGUUUUGAAUGGGUUGUUUUCCUCACGUUCCACAAACUCUGAAGCCAGUAUCUAGCAUACUAAAAGAAAAAAAGACGUGUACAUAAUAUUUAAGAUGCUGAGUAUUUCAUAGGAAAGCUGAAUGCUGCUGUAAAGUGCUCUUUAAGUCUUUUUUUUUUUUUUAAUCCCCUUCUAAUGAAUGAAACUAGGGGAAUUUCAGGGGACAGAGAUGGGAUUUGUUGUAUGAUAAACAAACGUAUGUAGUUUUAGGCUUUCUAUAUUGAGAAGCAGUGGUUGGGGCAUUUUUAAAGAUGGCUGGCUACACUUGUUUUCCUUCAUGAUAAUAAAUUUGUCAUAACUCAGUAACAUGGACUUGCCCCUAGAGGUAGUUGUUAAUACUUUUGCAAUAUUAAGGUCUUGCCAAGGUUCUGAUGAUUAGAAACCUAUACUACUGAAUAUUAAGCAGGACAGACUAAGCUCUCUGGUGCAAAUACCUUGGAGGAGUAAUUUCUGAAUAUAUACAAAGAGGUAACUGGACUGUAUAUGUUGUAUCCUGUGUCACCUCCCUCAUAAUGAUAUUUGAUAUUUUAAUUUAUAUGAAACUUCUAAAGCAGAAUCAAAGCUCCUCUUGGGUGGAAAUAUCAAGUCUUUAUGAUAGGCAAUCUUAUAUGAAUAGUACCAAAGCAUUACCACAUUGUAGAAAACACACUCUAUUAAAAAUAUUAAAUUAUCUGAAAAAUAAAAUGUGUGCAAGCCUUCAGGAUGGCACACACACAAAAAACAAAGGUUAAUGCUUCUUGGGGCACAUUUCUUAGAGGCCUUGCUGAGUGUGUAAAUAAUUGACUUUUGUUUGUAUUACCUGACUGGUGACUUCAUUGAAAAUCUGCACAAUUCAGUUUUAGCUCUGGAUUACUUCAGUUGACCUUUGUGAAGGUUUUAUCUGUGUAGAGUGGUUGUUUGACUUUUUUUAACCUAUUAGGGUUUGGGGUAUUUUUUCACUCUUGGUAAAAAGAAAAAAGGUGUGUGUGAAUGCUCAGUGGGAUGGUUUGGUUUGGCUUCUUUCAGUCAGGCUUUCUAAACAUUGAGAUGUUAGAUGUUAAGUCCUGAAUGCAGAGCCCUUCAAUUCUAAAAUCUAUUAAAAGCCUCUUACUUGAAUCCAAACCAAAGUAUUCACAUUGCCUCUUUUCUCAAAGUUCAGAAAAAAUAUAUUACCAGUUCAGGCUUAUCAUAACGAGGGAGGGUCAUUUGCCUACCUUAUAAUAAAAUGAAUCAGUGCUUAUUUUUAAAGCUGGAUUUUAAAAAUUGGAGUAUAAAUAACAAGGAGUGAGCCACUUUUUAUGGGCACCCUGUAGUUUUAUAGUUCUUAAUCUAAACUUAACAUUUUAUAUUUUUUCCUUUUGGAGAAAACUACAAGCCACCAUAUGCACAGAUUACAAAGUCAGUUGGGUCGGCUCUCCCACAGCCGUGUAUUACAAGAGUCCCAGCCAUUAUCACCUUCCUCUUGAGUUAUUUUGAAAUGGUUCUUUGUCUUUUUUUUUUUUUUUUGUACAUUUUGGCUGCAGUAUUGGUGGUAGAAUAUACUAUAAUAUGGAUCAUCUCUACUUCUGUAUUUAUUUAUUUAUUACUAGACCUCAACCACAAGUCUUCUUUUUCCCCUUCCACCUCUCUUUGCCUGUAGGAUGUACUGUAUGUAGUCAUGCACUUUGUAUUAAUAUAUUAGAAAUCAACAGAUCUGUUUUGUACUUUUUAUACCGUUGGAUACUUAUAAUCAAAACUUU